CGUCUUCAUGACUCCACUGAUCGUGGAAAAAUUUGCAAGCUGCAUUUCUGAAGUUUAGCUGCUGAGGACAUCCAGCACAGCACUGCCAAGCCGAGGGCCGUGUAUUCGCGGUUUCACACUCAAGAUAUAAAGAUGUCCUCAGCACUUUUACCAGUUAGUCCCAAAGUUUUUGAGGCAAUGGAGAGUGUUAAUGUUGCUGCACUAGCAGAGUGCUCUGAAGCAGAGAUCCGCCCAUUGCUGCCAUGCUUGGUUCGGAUGAGCCUGAUAGCACCACUGGAUCAAUCCAAUGAGUGCAUGGAGAAAAGGAAAAUAAUCUUACGCAUCUUGUCUGGCAUAGAAGUUGUCAAUUCUCUGGUUGCACUUCUAUCAGUAAGCUUCCCACAGCUUGAAGCAGAUGUCAAAAAAGAGCAACAGCUUAGGUCAAAGAUGGGAGCCACAACAGACAGUGUGCUGUUGUCAUCAGCUCAGGAUGCAGGGGCACCAGAUUUUGAGAGAAGUGAACCCAUCCAAAAGCUGAAGUUGGUGCUUGCCACUCUUAUUCUUGUCAUGGCCCAGGCCCGUGACGUGCGCCAGGAGUUCAGCGUGCAGCCGUCAGAGCUGCUGGACAACACCGUGCACCUGGAGGACGCGGCCGACAUCCUGAGCAUCGCGCUGGCCGAGCUGCCGCAGCUGCUGCCGCCGGCCGACGUCAGCGAGGGCCUGCUGCGUCUGCGGCACGGCGCCACCCUCAUCUGCCGCCUAGUGGCCAACAUGCCGGACGCCUUCCACGAGGUGUGCACGUCGCUGGUGACGAGCGGGGACCGGCUUGACGAAGACUCCCCCGGCGGCGCGGCGCGCAUCACAGCGCUCCGCCAGCUCUGCCAGAUGAACCCGCGCCAGGUGCUCGCCGUCCGCGCCGUCUGCAUGGAGACGUGCCGCAUGCCGAGCCUGGCGGUGAGUUUGUCGCUGGAGCAGGCGCGCCGCACCGCCGACACCGGCGACGCCGGUGACCUGGUGGCCUUCGUCUCCGGCAUCCUGCUCGGCAACAACCAGCACGUGCGCUCCUGGUUCCAGGCGCUCGUCAGGAACGGGCAGAAGCGGAAGGGCACGCUGGUGUCGUCCACGCUGCAGUCGCUCCGGGACCGGUUGCUGGAGCGCCUGCAGAACACCCUGCUAAUGGCCAUGAACCAGCGGCUGCCGGACUCGGGCGUGGUGGACGCCGCCGCAUCCGUCCGGCUUUACUGCGCCCUGCGUGGACUCGCCGGACUCAAGUUUACGGAGGAGGAGAUGCGCCUGCUGGUGCAGCUGCUGACCUCGCAGCCGCCGCCGUCGCCGGCUGGCGUGCGGUUCGUGGCGCUCUCGCUCUGCGCGCUGAUUGGCUGCCCCAGCCUGCUGAUGCACGCCGAGCACGAGCGGCGCGCCGUCGGCUGGCUCCGCUGGCUCGCCACGCAGGAGGCCUACUUCGAACGGUCGAGCGGCGAGUCGGCCUCAUUCGGCGAGACCCUGCUGCUCUUCGCCAUCCACUUCCACGCCGGCAACCUCACUGCCAUCAUCGAGCUCGUCAACAACACGCUCGGCAUGAAGAUGAACAUCCGCCAAAGUAACCUGAACCGCAUUAAACAUAUCUUCACACAUGACGUGUUCACUGACCAGGUGGUGACGUCACACGCGGUGAAGGUGAAGGUGACCCCGUCGCUAAGUGCUGACAUCCCGGGGACGUUGCCCGUGCACUGCGUGUACCAGCUGCUGAAGACGCGCGCCUUCACCAAGCACAAGGUGCCGAUCAACGACUGGAUCUUCAGGCAAAUCUGCCAGAGUAAGACGCCUCUGCAUCCCGUCCUCCCAUCUCUGAUCGACCUCUACGUCAAGUCCAUGUUGGACACAACCCAAAGGCCUCAGCAGCAGGAGCACACGAACCAGCCGAUCGCCGAGGAGCAGAUCGCCUCCGUGUUCAGCGUCUCCUGCUUCCCGUCGGCGGACGGCGCGCCGGCCGCCGGCUGGCUGGUGGAGCCAGCCACCGCGCAGCUGCUGCUGCUCUACUACCUGCUGCGUCACGACGAGCGGCGGCUGGCGGCGGCGCAGUACGCCGGCCUUUUCUCGCCGCUGCUGGGUCUGCUCACGAGCCACAGUCCACAGCUGUGUCUGGUCACACACUGGAUCACCGCACAGCCCGACGAGCUGGAGGGCGCCGCCGCCGAGUGCGCGCCCCCCUCCGCCGCGCAGAUCGAGGAAGCUCUCAGCGGCCUGCCGGACACGUCUGCCGCCCUGCAGCAGCACUUCCGACAGCUGUGGGCGCGCCUCAGCCUGGUGUUCCCGCACCGGCUGUGGGCGAUGACGGUGACGGCGCUGCGGCCAGUCGACACGGAGCCGGUGCCGCCGCGUCCGCUCACCGGCGACGACCUCACCCAGGACCCGCUGCACGUGCUGCGCUGCCACCCGGCCGUGCUGCGCGCGCCGCCGCUGCUCGAGGUCGUGCUCGAGCUGCUCAACGUCUACCUGGCGGCGUCGCGCGCGCAGCUCAAGCGCCACCUGCUGGACCACCCGUCACCUGUGCCGCCGCAGCCGGGUAUGCCGACGGACGCCGAGCGCGAGGAGCUGCGCAGCGCCCUGGUGCUGGCGCAGGACUCGGCCGCCAUCCAGCUGCUGAUCGAGGUGUGCCAGGAGACGGAGCAGGACCGCGCGGCGCCCGGCGGCCGCGAGCUGCUGCAGGAGGUGCGCUGUCUCGUCUGCACCUACCUCCACCAGGCCUUCAUCGACAACCCCAUGCUGGCCAAGCUCGUGCACUUUCAGGGGUACCCGGCCGAGGUGCUGCCCGUGCUGGUCGCUGGCGUGCCAUCCAUGCACAUUUGCCUGGACUUCAUCCCCGAGCUGCUGGCCCAGCCCGACCUGGACAAGCAGAUCUUCGCUGCCGAUCUGACCUCACAGCUGGCGGCGCAGUUCCCGAUCCCGCGCUGCUACAGCACUGGCCGGCUGGUUAUCAGCACUCUGACCACCCUGCUCAGCGUGCUGCCGUGGACGGAGCGGCCGCGCGCCUUCCUGCCGACGCUGCCGGCGCUGGUGCGGCUGGUGCGCGCCUUCCCGCCGCUGGCGCGCGACGUCACGUCGCUGCUGCUGCAGCUGGCCGAAGAGCGGACGGCGGCGGCCGUCCAGCUGCGACACGCGCUGCCCGCCAACGAGCUGCUGGGCAUCGAGCUGCGACGCGCCUUCGAGGCCGUCUGCGAGGCGGUCACGCUGGACGGCCGCGUCUACCGUGACGGCAGCAAGGCGGCCGACGAGCAGACGCUGCAGGAGCAGGCCAUGAUCUCGUGA